AGCAAGCUACACUAACCAAAGCGUACUGUAGUGUCACAGACAUUGCCUUUCUGAAUUAAGUCAUAAGUUUAUAGAAUGUUUCCUGACUAAACAUCAUUUUAAAUAUGAACAGGGACCUGUGUAAAAUUUUUCUUUAUUGAUUGCAGAGAUAAAAUGGCAAAUGGGAUACACUUGAUUUUUUUCUUAAAAUUUUGAUGUCCUUUGAACCAAUUUAAAAAGCCUUACCGGUACUCAAAUUACUGAUAACAAGGCAAAUAUGGCUGCAAAGAAGUCAGGCUCUCAUCUCUCCAAAAAUGUUCUUCAGAUGAAAGUGAGUUUAACAUUGAAUUAUUGAUUAUUGAUAAAAAUGUUUGAGUAUUACUAGUAUUAGAGGGUCCUAUCACUGUCUGACAUGUGAAACUAUUCUCUGUUAAAGUAUUCACAGUGGCAGCCACAGUGCGUAACUUACCAUCUACUAAAGUUAAAGUUACCGGUACUUAACAAAACUAAGAUGAGAUCAGAUUCUUUUCUUGGUCCAAGUAAAUGGAAAUGUUUAAAAAAAAUAUUUUACUGCUUGUACAUACCCGGAGCACAUAAAUAAAUACAUAUUUUUACAAUUAUAUAAAUUUAAACACAAGACAUUUAAAGUAUUUCUCUAGCAUAAAAAUCAACCAUCAUUGCGCUCCUCUAGUAACAAUAAUGACUUAAUUAGUGAUAAUUUAGAUUUGGUAAUGCACUUUAUAAAUUAAUGAUCCCUAUUACUAUUAAUGCUAACACCCCUCCUCCCCCCGUUAACACCUUACAUAUUUUGCUGCACUCUUUUUCAUGCCACUGAACUAUUAAUAUUAUGAUGUCGUCCCCCCCACCCCUUUUUUUUUUACACAGCAUAUGUCUUACAACAUAUUUAUAUAUUAAAUUGAGACCAUUUCAGUAAAACAAAUGAAAAUAUUACACACCAAAUGCACUUGCAGUAAUUGAAGAUCCCAUUCAUUUAGUUUUAGAGCAGUUAUCUGAAAUUUUAUUUUGUGCAUUUUUGAACUCACCAUUACAACAUACUUUCUUUCAAUUAUAAUAAUUAUAUUUAUUGAUUAGAUGUUAUUACUCUUUCAUCAUGUCAUUAGUUCUUUCUGUAACUGUAAAUGUAAAUGUCCUACUGUAAUUUUAAGUAAUUUUUUUCUCCGUAUGCUUAGUACCCAAGUGCCACGUGUAGAUCUAAUGAUUUAGCCUAAUGACUAAUGUCAUAAAAAAAUGUUUUUCAGUUUAUGCAAAGAAGUGUGUUAAGGCUUGAAAAGGAACAAAAUGAAGAGGACAAACAAAAAGUUAUUGAUGAUGAGCACUGGGUUUUAGAUUUACCUGACUACCAAAUAAAGGAGUAAGUUUCAGAAUAUUUUGUGCAUAUAUUUUUUAAAUAAUAAUUUAAAGAUAAAAUAGUGUAUUUUUAUUGUGCUUUUAGAGUCCUGGUGUAAAAACAUAGUGAGUUUUAACUUUGACAGUUUAGAAAUAACUUGUUAAAUUAACAAAUUUCAGUUCUUUCUGUUAAUCAUCAAAAAAAAACUAUUAUUUCAUUUGACCUAUCAACUAUUUUUUACAAAUCCUUAACCUGUCAACUAUUUUUUUACAAAUCCAGGCUCACUUUCAUACAAGGUAUAACUAUAGCAAUCACUUAAAAUGAAGAGAAACAUUUUUUCCCAUCCAAAUGGCUAUUAUAGUACAAGUAGAUCAUAUGCACAGUUGUAAAAUAAAAAAGUGUACAACUUUGACAUGUGACCAUAUAAAAUUACACAAUAAUUUUGGCCCUUUUUUCCCUAAAUCAUAAAUGGUUGGAAGGCACCCCUAAAUUAUAACGAUGAAUUUGAUUGUACAUUUUCUUGGUCAGCGUCAUAAACAGACUUGAUAAAAAUCACAGCUCUCACAUUGAAGAUAAUGUAACUAUAUUACUAUAUUGGUUCAUAGGUUUAUUUCAAUAUAUAAAUUUAUUAUAAAUAUAAGUGGUAAGAAUUUGAAUUGGUAAAUUUGCUUCAUAUCUUAAACUUAAAGAUGUUCCAAAAAGUACCGUAUUUAAAAAAAUUUAAUAGAAAUAAGCAAUUGAUUUCUGUAUUGUUUGGUACUGGUCUUGUUUUAUUAUAAUUAAAACUUUAAACAAAUUAAAAAUAUUAUAGUUACAGCUUAGUGAACUGUCUGAUCAAUAUUUUCUUAUUAUCGUAAUAUAUUUAUUGAUCUUAAAUUACUAUGAUUUGCAUGUUCAUUUGUGUAAACUUGUCAUAUACUGGUACUGGUAAUUGCAUUUUCAGGUCAAAAUACCUGAAAGAUCAAAGCUAUGUCAUUUGUGAACAGCUUCAGUUUGGGAGACAGUCAUUUCUAGGGUGUAACCCAGAGAUUGAGGUACCGGUAUACUAAUGUGUAAUUAAUUUUUUUUUCUUCAAAAUGUCCUCUUUAAAAUUAUUCUUAUGGGCAUUAAUAUUAAAUAUUAGUUAAUAAAUACUAUACAAUUGUUAGGUCUUAUAUCAACUUAUAAUUUAAUGCAAUAGGCAUAGCUGCAUGUUACCUUGCAUUUGGUGUUAUGAUCACAUUACUUAUGUGGUUAAAUACCAUAUCAUGGUUACAUUUUAAUUAACUGUUUAAAACUUGGCAUUGGGGAUCUUUUAGAAGAAUUUUUUAAAUUAAUAGAGUACUGUACCAUAGUUCUUAGAUUUAGAUGGCACAGAAUCAUUGCUAAUCCACUCUACAUGCAUAGGAGCCAAAAUGACAAAUAAAUGAUCGUGAGCCCUUACUUAAAAUAUAAAAGAAGAAAAAGAUAAGAUGGAAGGGAAUUAAUAUUAAUCAAAACAAAUGUUUUAAAAAGUUUGAUUCCAUUUGGACUCUUUAGAAGUUGAUGCAAGCACAUAAGCUUGAGCAAGAGCUGAAGGUAUCAGAUGAAAAGGAGAAACAAAACAGUGUCAGUGACCAGGACAUGGCACAAAGGUGAGUCAGAAGAUUUAAUUUUGUCUUAGUUUGGAGUUCAGUUAAAAUUUAAACAUACACUUUACACUGUCAUUUGUUUUUUGGAUCAAAGUUUGUAUACAAUACAACGUGUACUGUAUAUAUAUUUAAUGUACUCGUACCCAGUGGUGUAGUAAGAGGGGCAGUCUGCCUUGGACGACACUUUAUAAAAAAAUUAUGUUGUGUGGGGCUGCAUUUUUGGCCAACUACGGAGUUUCUUUUCCACCAACGGGGGUGGCUAAAAUCUUGACCUUCUUCUGAGGACUUGAAUCCUGGCUGUGCUACUAAAUAUAACAACUCUGCAUGGAACUCUCAAUUAUAAAUUUUAAUUUAACAUUUUCAUCUAAUCAAAUCUAUCAAGUAAUAUAUCUCUUAAGUAUUUUUUAUCUUGAGUUGGCUAUUUUGUUUGUUUUUGACUUAUUAACAGCUAUGUUUCACUCUAUGUCAGGUAUUCCUCACUCAUGGGUAUUAUAGCCAAGAAGUUUUCAAAGAAAAGACAACGUAAUGAUGAAGCUAAUGAUGAUGAAAGUGGAGAGCCAAGAUCCAAAUCUUUCAUGAAACCGUCAGAUGAUUAAGUGUCCUAUCUUAAAGUGGAUUUUGUUCCAUUUCAUUUAGCAUUGUGAAAACUUUUUUCUUUUGAACAGACAUUGAAAAUAAAAAUAUUUUAAAAUUAAUAUAAAUUAUAUUAUAAGAAUGUUUUUGUAUUUGUUCAGUACCAUUUUUAAGAAUCAACAGAUCAACAGGCAAAGUCACAUAUAAUAUUAAGUUUUUUUUCUGGCUGAAUUUUCCUUUUUUUUUUUAUUUGAACAUCUUAUUAUUACUGGGUACGGUAUUCAUAUCAAGCCGUAUAUAGAUGGCUUUACUUAGGGCACAAAAUAUCUCAUGAAUUCCUGCUCAUAAAAAUUAAUUUUAAAAUACUAUAAUCUCAUUUACAAGUAGUUGUUUGUAAUCUGAGAUGUCGCUGAUAUUCAGCUUGAAGAGACUGACACAGAUGUCCAUUCUUUCCAAUGGGCUAUUUUUAUGAUAUGUAUGAGUCUAUUCAUGUUAAAUUUUUACUCUCAUUGAAUGUCUGUACUGUAAUUGUGAAUGAAGGAAUGUCUGUUGACCAUCUGUGUAAUUUUAUAAUUCAGUUACUUUUAAAGUGCCUAUUGUACAUACUCAUGAAGUAUGGUAUGGUACCGUGAAUGGUAAGGUCUCCAGAGUAGCUUCUACUGACAUUUUGAAACUUUUAAUUACCGCAUUCACUGUGUAACAAACAUUACAAUUUGAUAUUUAUGCACUUUUUUUAUUAAUAAAAGAAGAAAAGAACACCAAAUGGCUGUAUUUUAAAAAAAUGAUUAUGGGUUAAUUAAGAGAAUUCAUGAUUAGUAUUAAAAAAAACCCACUAAACAUUAAAAUAUAUCCAUUACAUUCAAUACCUGUGCCGACUGGUUACCGGAAAUUUGAUCGAAAGAAAUUUGGUCUAAUCGUUUUUUCAGUUCACAUGUUAAAAUUUUUGUCCAAUUUCUUUUUGAUCGCACUAUCAUCAUCAUCAUAUCCCUUGGACCGUCACAGAUGACAUGUGAACUAUCCUCCAUUCGUCGCUGUCUUCUGCACAGCAUCGCCCAGUGUUAGUCCUGUCCACGCUUUGAUGUUAUCCUCCAAUCUUUUUCUUUGUCUUCCUCUUCUUCUCCCUCCUCUUGUGGUGCCCUGCAAUUUUUCUUUGGCAAGCCCUUUUUGGCAUACCAGUCGGCACAGGUAUUGAAUGUAAAUAAUGUAAUGGAUAUUUUAAUGUUUAGUGGGUUUUUUCGAUCAUAUUUCCGGAUACAGUGCCGACUUCAUUUAAUACAAGUCCUCAACACCCGUUUCUUAAUUGCAAGGGCCUGCACCUAGGAAAUUCUGCCCAGGCAGCUGACAGAGUUUGGACCCCUUUCGUGUUUCAAACAUGUGCAUAUACUUUAAAACUCGAAAAAGGGCGGGUCCCUAUCUAGCUCGGGCCCUUUAUAAUUGCCAUUGUUAUCCCCCCCCCGCUGAGGCGGGCCUGCAACAAGAAAUAAUCAUGGUUUGCUAGAACUUAACAAAAUAAUUAAGAUGUCACUGAACUAAAAAGGUUAAGAACAGCUGUUCUAAAAUUACUACCAGGUUUGACCAACUGACCCUGCAAAUCACACCGCUAAGAAUUUUUGAACUGUUCUUUCUUACAUUACAUGUCAGCAUUUUUAAUCUUAAAGAUAUAUUUAGCUGUAGAUAAUGUGUCAUGGUUGUUGUUCAUAAUUUUACUGGUUAUGUACCAGUACCAUAAAUUCAUAAAUAAUAAAGGUAACACUAUACUCAA